UUUCGUGAUUUUCGUGAAUACGAAGUGGCAACAUAACCUAAUGACAAAUCAAACGUUUUAUUUUUAUUUUCGUCUUCACACUGCUUCGACGACCCAGCACUUCCAUUCCGAAUCAAUAUGAUUUACCAGUAGACUGGAAAUACUUUUUCUUCAUGUGCAAUGCUAAUGCUUGAGUCGCAAUAUUUGCCGUAGCAGCGUCAGCAUAAAGGCAAAUUAUCCAAGUCGCACAACUACCAAGUAAAUUUUGUAAAUAAUACUGCUGAACCAUAGCAGUCACAUCCAUACACCUCUCAACGGUGUUCCGGUGAAGUCUAGUAGAAAGUUUAGUCCUGACAAUGGCGGAAAGGUCGUGCACAGUAGAUGCCUGUGGAAACGUAGUUUCUAAGAGAACGUCCUACAUCGAGUGGGAAGAAUACUUCAUGGCUAUAGCACUUCUCUCCGCGAAGCGCAGUAAGGAUCCCUGCACCCAGGUCGGCGCGUGUAUAGUUAACAAUGACAAGAAGAUCGUCGGAAUUGGGUACAACGGCAUGCCCAGGGGAUGCGAGGACGAUCAGUUCUCCUGGAGCAAGGGGCCGAUGGACAGUCUAGAUGCCAAGUCUCUUUACGUGUGCCACGCCGAAGUUAACGCGGUGCUCAACAAAAACUCGAGCGACGUGAAGGACUGCACGAUAUACGUCGCUCUGUUCCCCUGCAAUGAGUGUGCGAAGGUGAUAAUACAGUCCGGCAUAAGGACAGUUGUGUACCUGUCGGAUGAAAAGGCGGAGAAGCCCAAGACGAUAGCUGCGAAGAAGAUGUUCGACGCUGCCGGUGUCACGUACAGGCCAUACAGCCUCAGGAAUGAAAAGAUCGAGAUCAACUUCGGCGAUAUUAGAUGCAACGAAACGAGGAAGAAUUUAUCUGAGACUCCUACGAAAUGUAAAAAGGAGGAUGAAACGAAGGAAGAAUGACGACAAAUUUUACUAUAUUUAUAUAUGUGUGUGUGAAUGUACUAUAUCUAAUUGCUGACGCUAUAUUUUUAUAUCAAUUUUUCUGACAACAGUCUGUCGCAUUGCUUCGUUUGCGGUUUUAUAAGAUAAAUUUUAUAAAUAUGUAAAAAGAAUCAAUAGAUUACAUUUUUAGUCCUUGUAAAUAAUGACUCAAUUAAAGCCAAAGCAAGAUAUUUCUGCACUGCAGAAAAAUAUCAGUAACACA